GAGCUAGUAUAGUGUGCUUCGUUACCAGCUUUGGAACAAUGGCAGUGCAUAGGGCUGUGUUAGUGCUGCUUGUUGCAUUAGCUUGCAGCUGUGAAGCUCAACAGAAAUUAGGGUUUCCUGCAAAGACUACCCAGUUGCUGGCUGGUUAUCUGGCUAAGAAAGGGGCUCCCCAGUCGGCGGGCCUCCCGGGCGGGCUCGUGGCUCCCCAGUCGGCGGGCCUCCCGGGCGGGCUCGUGGCUCCCCAGUCGGCGGGCCUCCCGGGCGGGCUCGUGGCUCCCCAGUCGGCGGGCCUCCCGGGCGGGCUCGUGGCUCCCCAGUCGGCGGGCCUCCCGGGCGGGCUCGUGGCUCCCCAGUCGGCGGGCUUCCCGAGUGGGCUCGUUCUCACCAAGCAAGUUGCUCCUGCUCUGGCUAAAUCUGUGACUAGCAUUCAGGUCAACCCUGAUGCUGUGAGUGUUGUAUGUGGGGAGGAUUAUGUUGUGGUGCUUGUGCAACCAAUCCUCUUUGGUAAUGGUCAGCCAAUCAAUGCAUCAGACAUCACCUUCGGUGGCUGUACACCCACUGGGCAGGACGCUUCUGGCACAGUGAGGUUUCAGUCUGUGCUGCAGGGCUGUGGAAGUACACUGACGAUGACUGCUGAUGCCCUGGUCUACAGCUUUGUAUUGAUCUACGCACCCAGUGGUAUUAAUGGCCUCCCCAUUGUGAGGACCAAUGGUGCCAUGGUUGGCAUUGAGUGUCACUAUUUGAGGAAGCAGAAUGUGAGCAGCAAUGCCCUGGUGCCAACCUGGAUCCCCUACUAUGCUACAAUGGCGGCUGAGGCACAACUGAGUUUCUCACUGAGGCUGAUGGAUGAUGCAUGGCAGAAUGAGAGGGCCUCCAAUGUGUACUUCCUGGGAAGUGUCCUGAACAUUGAAGCCUCUGUCCUCGUGGGCAACAGUCAGCCCCUGCGUGUCUUUGUGGACAGCUGUGUGGCCACCUUGGUCCCUGAUGUGACCUCUGUCCCUAGCUAUGCCUUUGUGCAGAACUCUGGGUGCCUGACUGAUGCCAAGGUGACAGGAUCCCGCUCCCAGUUCCUGCCCAGAAAGCAGGAUGACAAGCUGCAGCUUCAGCUGGAUGCUUUCAGGUUCUCUCAGGAUGGCAGGAGCUCACUGUACAUUACUUGCAGCCUGAGAGCCACAGUGGCUUCUGUGCCUGUGGAUUCCCAACACAAGGCUUGUUCCUUCUCUCUUGCCGCUAACAGGUGGAUGUCUGUGGAUGGGAAUGACCAGGUGUGUGGCUGCUGUGACACCAGCUGUGGGCUUGCAGGUGUAGCAGGUGCUCAAGGCACAGGUGUUCUGGGCCCCAUUGCUAUCCAACAGGGUCCUCCCACGGCUAGUCAGCCUGGACAGCUGUAUAUUCUGAAGGGAUAGGGACCUACUGCUCUAACCUGCCUAGCUGUGCAUGGUACCAGGAUGGAAGGAGCCCCAACUUGCCUGGCAUAUUCUGGACUGCUUGCCAUGCUCAUGCUUCCCCCUCAUGGGAUGGCUGUAGUUGCCCUGUGCAGGGAAGCAAGGCCACCACCUAUGACUGAAUAAAGCAUUAGUAUUUGGAA